AUGUUGGAUCCGUCGUCCAGCGAGGAGGAGUCUGACGGGAUAGUGGAGGAAGAGAGCAAGGAAGUGAUGGCCCCCCAGGCCGGAUCCCGCAUCUCCCCGAGCAGGACAAGUGAGAGCUCGGGCGGGCUGGCUCCUAGCAGCGGCCGCAGCAGCGCCCGGCCGACCAGCCCGAGCCCGUCGGCCGCCAGCGAGGAGAAGGACGAUCUGGAGAAGCUGCAGCGGGAGGAAGAGGAGCGCAAAAAGAAGCUGCAGCUCUAUGUGUUUGUCAUGCGAUGCAUCGCCUAUCCGUUCAACGCCAAGCAGCCCACAGAUAUGGCGAGGCGACAACAGAAGAUAACAAAGCAGCAGCUUCAGCAGACCAAGGAUCGCUUCCAGGCCUUCCUGAACGGAGACACGCAAAUUGUGGCAGAUGAAGCCUUCAUCAACGCUGUGCAGAGCUACUACGAGGUGUUCUUAAAGAGCGACCGUGUGGCUAAAAUGGUCCAGAGUGGUGGCUUCUCAGCAAGCGACUUCAGGGAAGUUUUCAAGCGGCACAUUGAGAAGCGCGUACGCAGCCUCCCGGAGAUUGACGGCCUGAGCAAGGAGACGGUGCUAAGCUCCUGGAUGGCCAAGUUUGACACCAUCUACCGCGGCGACGAGGAUCCGCGCAAGGCUCAGCAGCGCAUGACGGCCAGCGCUGCCUCGGAGCUCAUUCUGAGCAAGGACCAGCUCUAUGAGAUGUUCCAGAAUAUCCUGGGCAUCAAAAAGUUUGAACACCAACUGCUUUACCAAGCCUGUCAGCUGGACAACUUGGACGAGCAGGCUGCACAGAUCAGAAGAGAGUUGGAUGGUCGUCUUCAGAUGGCUGACCAGAUUGCACGGGUGAGAUUGUUCCCCAAGUUUGUGUCGAAGGACAUGGAGGCGAUGUAUAUUGAGGAGCUCAAGUCUUCAGUGAAUCAGCUAAUGGCCAAUCUGGAGAGCAUGCCCGUGUCUAAGGGUGGAGAGUUCAAGCUCCAGAAACUGAAGCGAGGGCACAACACCUCCAUCAUUGACAUGGGCCAGGAGGAUGAAAACACGCUGUCAAAAUCUGAUGUGGUUUUGUCCUUCACUUUGGAGGUGGUGAUCAUGGAGGUGCAGGGCCUGAAGUCUCUGGCUCCUAACAGGAUUGUCUACUGCACCAUGGAAGUGGAGGGAGGAGAAAAGCUCCAGACUGACCAAGCAGAAGCAUCCAAGCCAACCUGGGGGACCCAAGGGGACUUCACCACCACACACCCUCUGCCUGCUGUCAAGGUGAAACUGUUCACUGAGAGCACUGGAGUGCUGGCACUGGAGGACAAAGAGCUGGGAAGGGUUGUCCUACAUCCGACUCCCAACAGCCCCAAGCAGUCUGAGCUCCAUAAAAUGACCUUGACCAAGGCUUGUCCCGACCAAGAUCUCAGGAUCAAACUGGCCAUUCGCAUGGACAAACCUCAAAACAUGAAGCAUUGCGGGUAUCUAUGGGCUUUUGGGAAGAAUGUCUGGAAGCGCUGGAAGAAGCGUUUCUUUGUCCUCGUGCAGGUGAGUCAGUACACAUUCGCCAUGUGCAGCUACAGAGAGAAGAAGUCAGAACCACAAGAGCUUCUCCAGCUAGAUGGUUACACUGUGGACUACAGUGACCCACAGCCAGGCUUGGAUGGCGGAAGGGCUUUCUUCAACGCGGUGAAGGAGGGCGACACCGUGAUCUUCGCCAGUGAUGACGAGCAGGACCGCAUCCUAUGGGUCCAAGCCAUGUAUCGUGCCACCGGCCAGUCCCACAAGCCCGUCCCACCUACUCAGGUCCAGAAACUUAACUCCAAAGGGGGGGCCUCAGCCCAAAUGGACGCUCCCAUCUCUCAGUUCUAUGCUGACAGAGCUCAGAAACACGGCAUGGAUGAGUUUAUCUCGGCUAACCCCUGUAGCUUUGACCACGCCUCGCUUUUUGAGAUGGUGCAGCGGCUCACCUUGGACCACAGGCUCAACGACACCUUCUGCUGUUUGGGAUGGUUCAGCCCGGGUCAGGUGUUCGUUUUGGAUGAAUACUGUGCCAGGAAUGGGGUCCGAGGUUGCCACAGGCAUCUGUGUUACCUGCGCGAUCUGCUGGAAAGGGCGGAGAGUGGCGCUAUUAUUGACCCCACUCUUCUGCACUACAGCUUUGCAUUUUGUGCCUCCCACGUGCACGGGAACAGGCCAGAUGGGCUGAGCACCGUCAAAGUGGACGAGAAGGAGAGAUUUGAAGAUAUCAAAGAACGAUUGCGGGUGAUAUUGGAAAACCAGAUUGUAAAUUUCAGAUAUUGUUUCCCCUUUGGCCGUCCAGAAGGCGCACUGAAGGCCACUUUAUCUUUGUUAGAGAGGGUCCUGAUGAAAGACAUUGUGACACCAGUCCCUCCAGACGAAGUUAAAGGAGUAAUCCGCAGAUGUUUGGAACAGGCUGCUAAUCUCAACUACCAACGCAUUAAAGACUAUGCUAAAAUUGAAGGGAAAAAGAGGGAAAUGUUUGAGCACCCUGUCUUCUGCUUGGCGUCUCAAGUGAUGGAUUUAACCAUCCAGAAUGUAGGCCGCUUAGUCACACCGGCCAAAAAACUGGAGGAAACCAUUCGCCUGGCAGAAUUAGUCAUUGAGGUCCUUCAGCAGAACCAGGAGCAUCACGCCGAGGCGUUUGCAUGGUGGACUGACCUCAUGGUGGAGCACGCUGAAAAUUUCCUGGCCCUCUAUGCCAUUGACAUGGAUGCCGCUCUGGAGAUCCAGUCGCCCGAGAGCUGGGACAGUUUCCCGCUCUUCCAGCUUCUGAACGAUUUCCUUCGAACAGACUAUCAUCUUUGCAAUGGAAAAUUCCACAAGCACCUUCAGGAUCUGUAUGCUCCUCUAGUGGUUAGAUAUGUGGAUCUGAUGGAGUCAUCCAUCGCACAGUCAAUUCACAAGGGCUUUGAGCGGGAGUCCUGGGAACCUGUAAAGAGUUUAACAAGUAAUCUGCCCAAUGUGAAUCUACCAAAUGUCAACCUCCAAAUUCCCAAAGUACCAAAUCUGCCAGGUCCAGUAGCGGGACUGUCAGUUAACCUUCCACAAAUGCCUAGCUUUUCAACCCCAUCGUGGAUGGCUGCUAUAUAUGACUCUGACAAUGGCUCCGGGACAUCUGAAGACCUGUUCUGGAAGCUGGAUGCCCUCCAAACCUUCAUCCGGGACCUCCAUUGGCCAGAGGAAGAGUUUGCCAAACAUCUUGAGAGUCGCAUCAAGCUCAUGUCAAGCAACAUGAUCGAGAACUGCGUCAAGCGCACCAGGAUGGCCUUCGAGUCUAAACUGGCAAAGAGCAGCAAGUCAACAGAUUUCCGUAUUUCUCCAACAUUAUGCACCAUGUUUAAUGUGAUGGUAGAUGCAAAAGACCAGUCGGCCAAACUGUGCGCAAUGGAGAUGGGCCAGGAAAAACAGUUCCACUCGCAAAUAGAUGAACUCAUUGAGGAAAGUGUGCGAGAUAUGAUUCAGCUCCUGGUUGCAAAGUUUGUUGCCAUUCUUGAAGGAGUGUUGGCAAAGAUAUCCAGAUAUGACGAAGGCACACUGUUCUCCUCUUUUCUCUCAUUCACGGUGAAAGCUGCCUCCAAGUAUGUAGACGUACCUAAACCCGGCAUGGACGUGGCCGACGGCUACGUGACCUUUGUCCGCCACUCUCAGGACAUGCUGCGUGAUAAGGUCAAUGAGGAGGUGUAUAUAGAAAGGUUAUUUGAUCAAUGGUACACUGCCACCAUGAACUUGCUGGGCACCUGGCUCACCGAGCGUAUGGACCAGCAGCUGCACGUCUACCAGCUCAAGAUCCUCAUCAGGAUCACCAAGAAAAAGUAUCGUGACUUCCGGCUGCAGGGCGUCCUGGACUCGACUCUGAACAGCAAGAUGUACGACACGGUGCGCAACAGGUUGACCUUGGAGGAGGCCACGGCGUCAGUGCGAGAAGGAGGCAUGCAGGGCAUCUCCAUGAAGGACAGUGACGAAGAAGAUGAGGAGGACGACUAA